UUGCUUCUUUCUCUGCGACACCUUCUUCUUAUUUAUCUUCAAACCGCCUCUGAAUAUCGUUUUUCUUCUCCCUCUCUCAAUUGUUGGUUGAUUGUUUCGUUCUCAGAAUCGAUUGAAGUCGGAAUCAGAAUCGCGGAGAAGAAUUAGUGUCAGAGAGAAGAUGCCGGGGCUUACCUGCAAUGCCUGUAACAAAGAAUUUAUAGACACCGAGGAGCAAAAGCUUCACUACAAAUCCGAAUGGCAUCGGUACAAUCUCAAGCGCAAGGUGGCUAAUGUUCCUGGGGUUACAGAGGCAUUAUUCUUAGCUAGACAAUCUGCUGCUGCUGCACAAGAGAAUGCCAAAUCAGAGACCGCAAUGUCAUACUCUUGUGGCCUUUGUAGCAAAGCUUAUAGGAGUGCCCAGGCUCAUGCCCAACAUCUUAAAUCCAAGAGUCACAUCAUCCGAGCUUCACAAGGAACACAUGAUCAAGAAGUUGAAAAGCCAAUAAUUAAGCCCCUUCCUCAGAGAAUUUCUAAUAGGGUGCCCCAACAAAAUGAGGAAGAGAGUGAGGAGUGGGAAGAAGCUGAUUCUGACGAAGACAUGAUCGAUGAGAAUGACGAUGAGGGUGAAGACAAUGAUUCUGAUGCCAUUGAGGUGGACUUGGAUCCAUCGUGCUGCUUCAUGUGUGAUUUAGAGCAUGAUACCAUCGAUAGCUGCAUGGUUCACAUGCAUAAACAACAUGGAUUCUUUAUUCCUGAUGUUGAAUAUUUGAAGGAUCCGAAUGGCUUCCUUACAUACCUCGGUCUGAAGGUGAUGAGGGAUUUCAGGUGUCUGUACUGCAACGAUAAUCGUCUUCCUUUUAGCAGCUUGGAAGCUGUUAGGAAGCAUAUGGAAGCGAAAAGCCAUUGCAAAGUGCAUUAUGGCGAUGGAGACGAGAACGAAGAAGUAGAAUUGGAAGAAUUUUUUGACUACAGUAGCAGUUACGUGGAUGGAAGUGGCAACCAGCUAGUAGCAUCAGGGGAUGGGGCCAAUUCUGUUCAGCUUGGUAGUGGUGGAGCUGAGCUCAUCUUAGCUCAAAGAACUACCGAUCGGCAAUCGACCAAAACGCUUGGUUCCAGGCAAUUUAUACGUUAUUAUCGUCAAAAACCACGACCAUCUCCUGCAAAUGAUGCAGCCAUAACUGCUGCAUUGGCAGCAAGGUACAAGAGCAUGGGAUUGGCAACUGUCCAGUCGAGGGAGAGGACGAUCAGGAUGAAGGUGAUGAAAGAAAUUAAUCGAACUGGAUUGGAAGCCAUGCGUACCAAAGUCGGAUUGAAGAACAACGUAAUCCGAAACCUGCCUAAUAAUGUUACAUACUAGUGGUAUGUUAUUAGCCUUACAUUACAUUAUAAUUAAAAUGCCUAUGAUGAUACCAAGAACAAUCAGCUCUAACGCGGUGCUCGGCAGACCAUACAUUAUAAUUAUCUCUUUACGAUGUACA